AUGUUCUAUAUGCAGUAUAUCCUCGCCCCUUUGAUGUUCGUCAGCGCAGUCCUUGGUGCUCCUGCUGCUGAGCUCGAGACUCGUCAAUCCUGCUCGUCUUUGCAACUCGUUCAUAUUGCUGGGACCACAGAAAUUGGUCUUGGUAUUGUUGGAACACCGUUGGCAGUGGCUCUUGCAUCUGCUGUUCCUGGAACGACGACAAAGUCAAUCACGUACGACACAAUCGCCGAAUACGUGGUUACUGUCGCUGCUGGAGCUGCCAUCACUACGACCUACCUUUCCGCCCAAGCUGCAAGAUGCCCUAAUCAGCGCUUUGUUCUCAGUGGAUAUUCCAAGGGUGCUCUGGUUGUGCACAGUAUGACGCUUUCAAGCUCGCUCAAGUCCAAAAUUGCGGCGAUUCUCGUGUUCGGUGACCCAGCUCGCAACAUUAACCAACCGUGGCCGAUUAAUAACCCGAGCGUCGACCUCUCUCCCAAAGACGGAAGCUCGAGCUCGCAGAAUAUCGCAAGCUUCUGCAACUUUAGCGACCUCUUCUGCUACCCUCUUGGUGUCAGUUUGCCGGCCCAUCUCGCCUAUCCUACCGAUGGCAGCAUUCGAGUCGCGGCCAACUUUGUCAAGAACAGAGUGUAA